AUGGACGGUCUUUUGAUUGAUAGCGAGGACUUGUACACGAUCUGCACGAACGAGGUGUUGCGGGAGUAUGGCAAGCCGGAUUUGCCGUGGCAUAUCAAGGCGCAGUUGCAGGGAAGACCGGGGCCAGAGGCCGGUCGCAUCUUCAACGAAUGGGCCCAACUGCCCAUCUCGCGCGAGGAGUUCUACACCAAAACCCGCGCCCUGCAAGAAAAACACUUCCCCUCCACCCAACCCCUCCCCGGCGUCCCCGCCCUCCUCUCCCACCUCGCCUCCACCACCAGCCCCAAAAUCCACCUCGCGCUCGCAACGAGCAGCAUGGCCGCCAACUUCGCGCUCAAAACCUCGCACCUCGAAUCCACACUCUUCCAGCACUUCCCGCCCGCGCAUCGCGUACUCGGCGACGACCCACGGAUCGGCGCAGGAAGAGGCAAACCGGCGCCGGAUAUCUACCUCGUUGCUUUGGAAACGAUAAACGCGCGAUUGAGAGAGGAAGGCGGGACGGAGGUGCAGCCGCAGGAAUGUCUAGUCUUCGAGGACAGCGUCCCGGGGGUCGAAGCGGGACGCAGGGCGGGGAUGCAGGUGGUGUGGUGUCCGCAUGAGGGGUUAUUGGGCGAGUAUACAGGGAGGGAAGGGGAGGUGUUGGCGGGGUUGACGGGGGAGUUGAAGGAGAAGAAUGAGGAGAUUGGGGUUGUGACGCCCGAAGGUGGGGAGAGGAGGAAGGGUGCGCCGGGGAGUGUGGGGGAUGGGUGGGGGAGAUUGGUGAGUUCGUUGGAGGGGUUUCCUUAUGGGGGUUAUGGGAUCAGGGUGUGA